AUGGCUGAUGAUGACAUUGCUGCUUUGGUUGUGGACAAUGGCUCCGGUAUGUGUAAAGCUGGAUUUGCAGGAGACGAUGCUCCCCGAGCCGUUUUUCCGUCGAUUGUAGGUCGUCCUCGUCACCAAGGCGUCAUGGUUGGUAUGGGCCAGAAAGAUUCGUACGUCGGCGAUGAAGCCCAAAGCAAACGUGGUAUUUUGACACUGAAAUACCCUAUCGAACACGGUAUCGUUACAAACUGGGAUGACAUGGAAAAGGCAAGCAAUUCAAUUCUUUAAACAAUACAACUCUUGAGCGUCUGUAAGUUUACACAGCGCAUCUAAUGCGUAUCUAUUUUUUUCAUGUCGAACUUGCGUUUUACAGAUUUGGCACCACACUUUCUACAACGAACUCCGUGUAGCCCCUGAAGAACACCCAGUUCUCUUGACAGAAGCACCCUUGAAUCCUAAGGCAAACAGGGAGAAAAUGACACAGGUAAACGUACCUUCUGUCUUACAGUCUUAGUAAAUUCACAAUGGUAAUAAACAUUCCCUCAUAGUCUGCGCAGUUUAGCUUCCUGACAAUCCAGAUUUAAUGACCGAGAGCUAUACUUUUAUCUUUCAAUUCAAUCGAAAUAGUUCUCCUCUGGCCGCGCAAUCUGCUCACAGAGUGGAAAAACAAAAACCUCCUUUUAGCACGGCUCAUAAAAGUUUUUCGUGUGCCCCUACGGUUGUUGAUCCUUUUAAAUAUUUCUAAUCAAAGUGAUAAAUUGAUAGCUUUUGUGAAAAAUCGUUCUUUUCCGUAGAAAUUGAUCUUAAUAGAGACCUUAAAAUCCGCGGACAGCGACGGCAGGGAAAAAGUCGCAUAAAAUGGGGAAUUCGAGUUAUUUCAGUCUUCAUCGCGAUUAUUUCAACUCACUCACUUUGUCAAAUGUUGGCGAACUCUCCUUGGGUUGAAUUCCUGAUAAUCAUAUCCACUUCAGAAAGAAAAUUUCGUCGUGGCUUGUAUACACCCUCUUUGACAUUUUCACGUCGUGGCCGUGCAGUGACGGCAAAUAAAUGUACAAAACAAAAAGUAUACUUAUUGUUUUGCGUAUUGGACCUAAUCAGACUUUCUCGUUGCUGUCGUUGUCGUCGGAUCUUAAGGUCCCUUAACAGUAGCUCAUCCGCCCGUCAUUAUGGGCUCCUUAUUCAUCUUUGCUUUAAUUGCUGCUUAUCCUGAUACUACAUUGCUUUCCGAAAUCUCGACCCACGUCUCUAAGGACGUUUCGCCCCUCCCGGCGAUCAAGAGCGAAGAGAGAAGGCUGUUUUUGAUGGCUAAGCCUUUUUUCACUAGAGGUUUUAAUAUUUGUAAAACCGGUUAAGUGUCUUAUUUCAUGGAAGAUAAGGCCACACUUUUUCCCUCAGUUUUGUUUUCACCGUUUACCUUCUAAGAAGAAUAGAAUUAAGGAAUUCCCUAUUUUUUGGCAAAGCAUCAUUAGUUUAACUAAACUGAAUGACAAUGAUAUCUUUCUUUGUGCACAGAUCAUGUUUGAAACAUUCAAUUGCCCAGCGAUGUAUGUUGCCAUCCAGGCCGUGUUGUCUUUGUACGCCUCUGGUCGUACCACUGGAAUUGUUCUUGACAGUGGUGAUGGUGUGAGCCACACUGUACCUAUCUACGAGGGCUACGCCCUACCCCAUGCCAUCCUUCGUCUGGAUUUAGCCGGCAGAGAUCUGACGGAUUACCUAAUGAAGAUUCUAACUGAACGUGGCUACUCCUUUACCACUACCGCUGAGCGUGAAAUUGUCCGUGACAUUAAGGAAAAGCUGUGCUAUGUUGCGCUGGAUUUUGACCAGGAACUGCAAACUGCGGCAUCCAGUUCCAGCCUGGAGAAGAGCUAUGAGUUGCCUGACGGUCAGGUGAUUACCAUAGGCAACGAGAGAUUCCGCUGCCCCGAAGCCAUGUUCCAGCCCUCCUUCCUAGGUAUGGAAGCUUCUGGUAUUCAUGAAACAACCUACAACUCCAUCAUGAAGUGCGAUGUGGACAUCCGUAAGGAUCUGUAUGCCAACACUGUCCUCUCUGGUGGCUCAACCAUGUAUCCAGGUAUUGCUGACAGAAUGCAGAAGGAAAUCACAGCCUUAGCACCAUCUACCAUGAAGAUCAAGAUCAUUGCUCCACCAGAGCGCAAGUACUCUGUAUGGAUCGGAGGUUCCAUUCUGGCUUCACUGUCCACCUUCCAGCAGAUGUGGAUCUCCAAGCAGGAGUAUGAUGAAUCUGGUCCUGCCAUUGUACAUCGCAAGUGCUUCUAAAGAACUUGAACUUUAGGAGUAAAAGUUGUUAUACUUUCUUCCUAAACGCAGUCAUGCGUUUGACGCUACUUUAAUUUGUUGACUUCAGGAGGCACAAGAGGUCAUAUUCAACUGGUUUUCAAUUUUGUUUCAGAAAACUGUAGAAAAGUUUGCAAACUUGGACACCAACUUUCAAAACACGUUGCAGCAUCCCUCGCUUCAUGACUAUCAAAAGUGAACUUAAACGAAUGUUACGAAAAGCUUUGCAUCGGUGUUUAUACUUCAGGUUUAGCAGUUAAAGAAGUUUCAAUAAAACUCGUUUCCUCUU